ACCCCUUCAGCUCUGAGCUCCCGCCUCCAGCGCCCUCGUUCUCUCUCUCUGUCCGCCGCCUCCGCGCGCUGCAGUUGCCUGUGUCUUCUACGAGGGGUGAACCGCUGGUCUAGAACAUGUCGGGUGACGAUGAACAGCAAGAGCAGACCAUCGCUGAGGACCUGGUGGUGACCAAGUACAAGAUGGGGGGCGACAUCGCCAACAGGGUCCUCCGCUCCAUGGUGGAAGCCGCAACUCCUGAUGCUUCAAUACUAACACUUUGCGAGAAAGGAGAUGCCAUGAUCAUGGAGGAAACUGGCAAAAUCUUCAAGAAGGAGAAGGAAAUGAAGAAAGGAAUUGCCUUUCCAACAAGUAUAUCUGUGAAUAAUUGUGUAUGCCACUUCUCACCACUGAAGAGCGACCAAGAUUAUCUUCUGAAGAAUGGUGAUCUGGUCAAGAUUGACUUGGGGGUCCAUGUGGAUGGCUUUAUUGCCAACGUUGCGCACAGCUUUGUAGUUGGUGCAUCCAAGGAUGCUCCGGUGACUGGUCGUAAAGCAGAUGUCAUCAAAGCAGCGCACUUAUGCGCCGAGGCGGCUCUGCGCCUUGUCAAGCCAGGAAACCAGAACACACAGGUAACUGAAGCGUGGAAUAAGAUUACGCCGUCCUUUAACUGCAAUCCUAUUGAAGGGAUGCUUUCGCACCAAUUGAAGCAGCAUGUUAUUGAUGGAGAAAAGACCAUCAUUCAAAACCCAACUGACCAGCAGAAGAAAGAUCACGAAAAGGCAGAGUUUGAGGUCCAUGAAGUUUAUGCCGUUGAUGUUCUGAUUAGCACGGGAGAAGGAAAGGCAAGGGACGCUGGACAGAGGACAACUAUUUACAAAAGGGACCCCACUAAGCAGUACGGCUUGAAAAUGAAAACCUCCCGUGCCUUUUUCAGCGAAGUGGAAAGACGCUUUGAUGCCAUGCCAUUUACUCUCAGGGCAUUUGAAGAUGAAAAGAAAGCAAGAAUGGGCGUUGUGGAAUGCGCCAAACAUGAGCUGCUGCAGCCUUUCAAUGUACUAUACGAAAAGGAAGGAGAAUUUGUGGCUCAGUUCAAGUUCACUGUUCUCUUGAUGCCCAACGGCCCCAUGAGGAUAACCAGUGGACCUUUGGACCUUGACCUGUACAAGUCUGAAUUUGAGGUGCAGGAUGCAGAAUUAAAGGUGGGUAAAUUGUUUAUAUAGUUACUGAUAUGAGUGUAGCACAGGGAUGGAAUAUGAAUAGUGGAAAGAGUUUUUACAAGCAGACUUUUUUUUAUGAAUGCAGAUGAUUAAGUUCAGUUAAGGUGCCUAAAGUUCAGUAUCUUCUAAAGUCCAGGUUUAGGUUUAAAACAAGACUUAUGUAGGUUAGUGCCCCUGUGUUCUGUAUACAUGACACAAGUUGAGUUUGUCUGCUGUUGCUAUCUCUGCAGUCAACAGGUUGUUACUCGAAUUUGCACUAUUAUCCUUGAUAAGUCUGCCACCUGAUAGAGCAUAGAAUGUGAGAGGGCAUGUGGGCAAAGCAGACGUAUGCAAUACAGCUGAUUCAUUUGAAGAAUUGCACAUUUGUGUUAAGUGUGCUCUGCAGGUGCAAUAACUGAAAUGUAAAUAGCUGGUUUUAAACAAGCGUGUUAUGUAUUUUCAGGCACUUCUUCAAAGUUCGGCCAGUCGGAAGACCCAGAAAAAGAAGAAAAAGAA